UGUUAGAGAAACUGCGUAGAAUCUAUAAAAGUCCAUCGAGUGAUUAAACGGGUGAAAGUAAGUAGUGUCUUCAGUUUAAGUAUUUAUUAAAUUAUUUAUUAAAUCCAGCAAACAUGAAAUUUCUUAUUCUGUUGGUUGUGGUGACGAUUUCCGCCGCGUUUCCUCAAAAAGAAGGUGGAGCAUACACGAACGAAGCCAUCAGACAAGCACAGAAUACAUUCCUGAUCCCGAAAGACGCCCAAAUCCAAAAAGUCCAAGAAGGUAUCGAAAUAGGUGCCUACGAGAGCAUCCCCGGCAACCAGAGGAUUAAUUUAUUCGAAAUCCUCGGCGACCAGUUCCCCACGGAAGUAGUAAAUAAUUUACAACAGCAAAUAGAUCAAGUUGGUCGCAAUUAAAUUAUUCCACCAUUUAGAAUUAUAUAAUUUCAUUGUCCCGACUCUCCUGUUCUAGUCUGUCUUUUCACGAUGUCCCCGCUUUCUUUCCACAUUUCACUGAACGUAAACAUUGAUAUUCUUCCGCGCAAAGUGCCAAUCUUGUAGUGUCUAAAAUUGUGUAAACUUUUCAAUAAAUUUUUUAUAAAAGUGA